AUGGAUAUCAAGUCUAGUAAUAUCUUGCUUGACAAGCAAUGGAACGCGGAAGUUUCGGAUUUUGGGUUAGCUAAGCUCUUGGGUUCUAAGAUGAGCUAUGUGACUACUCGUGUGAUGGGUACUUUUGGUUAUGUGGCUCCUGAAUACGCGAAGAAUGGUAACCAAGAAGCCGAAGGGGUUUUGGAUCCGAGGUUGGUGGAGAAACCGUCUUUGAUGUCAUUGAAGCGUAGUCUUUUGGUGGCUUUGAGAUGUAUUGAUCCAAAUGCUCAGAAGAGACCAAAGAUGGGUCAUGUCAUUCACAUGCUUGAAGCUGAGGACUCAGUGUACAAAGAUGAUAGGAGAAACUCCGGUGGAGGAGGAGAUCCGAGAAAGAUGAAUGUGACGGAAGCAGUGGAUGAGAGUGUUAAUUCCAUUCUGAUCAAGAAUGACCAGUUAGCUUUGGAGAAGGAGGAGAGUUGGUAA